CUCCCUCCCUCCCUUCUCCUUCUCUUGUCUAUCCAUCUGUCCUCCUGGCUGCAGUCUGCAUCCUGUGCCCACUGAUGAUGAUGAAGAUGAUGCUGCUGCUGCUGAGCAACAGCGUUCUCUCCUCCAUCAAGGAAUGAUGACAUCUUUCUGCUCGUGCUGCAGCACGGAUGGAUAAAUGAGGAAAAAAUGAGUACACAGAAGAGGAAGAAACAGGAAAUAUUGGAGUGAGGGGUUAUAAGAUUGCCCCAAAAAAAAGAGAGAGAGAAGAGUUUGAAUGGCGAGGGUAGACAACAGAGAGUGCUGCAGUAGAAUGAGGGUCAGGGAGGAAUUGAGCUGCCACCCUUCUGCACCCGACACAGGAUCCAUCGCAGGCGCCGCUCGCUCCUCUCCCUGAAGGGGCCGACGGGAGGGAUCCACCGUGGAGGCGAGAAGGAGACGAAGGAGGGGGGCGGAGGAGGAGAACGCCAGAGGUUCUACUACACACAAGAUGGCUGCUGUGUCCUCUGCCUCUGACACUGUUUCGACAGGGGACCCGAGGGGUCGUCACCCCCCUGAGCGCCGACUGCUCAUCCUCGGGGGUCCAAAAUCUGGUAAGACCUCCUCAGCCAACACCAUCCUGGGGGAGGAAGUCUUUGACGCGGGGACGGAGACUACUCACAGCAACGUGGGUCAGACGGAGAUCUUCGGCCGUCGGGUCACGGUGGUGGACACGCCCCCGUGGGUCAUCCCCAGUGACGCGGAGAACGACACCGAAGCGGACGAUAACGGGAACACAGCCGCGGAGUCGGAGAGCCCGUCGAGGCCCCCGCCCAGCCUGGAUAGCGAGGGCCCCUGCAUGGGGGCGAUCCUGUGCCCCCCCGGCCCGCACGCCAUCCUGCUUGUGGUGUCCGUCACUCAGCCUUUCACAGACACUGAGAGGAGGGCCGCCGAGGAGCAGCUGGGGGCCCUGGGGGGAGGAACCUGGAGAUACUCCAUGGUGCUCUUCACUGGGGUGGACAAGCUGCAGAAGGGGGUCUUCAUUGAGGAGCACAUUGCAAACACUGGAGAGAGCCUCCAGUGGCUGGUGGAGAGAUGUGGAAGCAGGUAUCACGCUUUCGACAACAACUGGAAAGAAACGGAGGACACCACACAGGUACCUGAACUGAUGGAGAAGGUGGAGGAAAUGAUCACCGACAACCAAGGCUGGUACUUUGAGGUGAACGAGCUGAUUCUUCUGGAGGAGGAGCAGGCGAGGCGAGCACUGGAGGAGGAGAGAAUGAGGAUGGAGGAGCACGCCAGACAGAGGGAGCAGAUGAUUGGAGGACCUCCAAGAGAAUUGAGGUUGCUGUUGUUGGGCUGGAAGGGUGUUGGAAAAAGCUCCGUCGGGAACUCCAUCCUGGGUCGUCGGUACUUUGAGUCAGGCCAGGAGACCGACCUCUGCCUCCGGAGGCAGGCGCUUGUGUCUGGUCGCAGGGUCACCAUAGUGGACACCCCGGGCUGGGACUGGUUCUCAGUGCGGCGUACCCCCAAGCGCAUCCGCCAGGAGUCGCAGCGUGGCGCCGCCCUCCUGCGACCCGGACCCCACACUCUGUUACUGGUUCUCCCGGUGGUCUCCUCCCUCACGGCCAGGAAGAGGAGAACGCUUCUGUCCCACAUUGAGACCCUUUUCGGUGACGGCGCCUGCCUCCACACCAUGGUACUGUUCAGUUGUGGCGACUGGCUGGGCCGCACGCCCAUUGAGGAGCACAUACUCCGAGGGGGCCGGGAGCUGCAAAGACUGCUUGAGUACUGUGGGAACUAUUACCACGUCCUGGACAGUAAGAUCCCCGGCAAGGACAGGAGCGUCUCAAACCUCCUGGAUAGGAUUGAGGAGAUGAUCAGGGAGAACGGUGACAAGGCCUUCCUUCCUGUGCAGACUGAGUGGCUGAGCGAGGAGAGCUCCUACUCGUCCGACAACACCGAGCCCGAGGACGACUGUCGAGGAUGCGAGCUGCAGUGAUGAAGGGUGAAGAAAGCAAAGUGGCCCUGUGUGAGUGUGUGUGUGUUUACUGUUAUUUUUGAGUAUCCAGUAGGCCCAAACAUAACCUUAUAUACCUUUAACCUCAUCUAGAUAUUUAUUCUAGACCGUUGUAGGAAAUAGAGGGUAUUGGUGAGUAGCAAUGGUUGCUUGGAUGUAAAAGACACCUUUCUGAGCUGUUUAUAAAUAUAUUUUAUGAAUAUAUUUACACGGUUAAGACUCGUGAGUUGAAAGUCUGCAUUAUAAAUCUAAUCCGUUUAACAACACGAAGGGGAUUUGUUUAAGAUGACAUUAUCAGAAGCAGGCAGCUUGGGAGCAUUUCCUUCUGUUUUGCACAUUUGAUUUGAUUUUUUUUUUUUUUUUACAUCCCCUGCUCUGUGAUCCCUUGGAUCAAACGCUUCAUAGAAAACGCUGUCUGUCGAAAGAAAAACAUUGAAUGCCAAACCAAAACACGGGCAUUGUGCCAAUAGAUGAAAAACGUCUGCCAAUGUUAAUUUGAAGCAAACCUGAUCUAUUGUUUUAGAACUAUGAAUUUUGAGUGGUAUUUAAAUACGAUUCCUUUGUUAAUAUUUGAUUAGUUUCCACUGGAGGAGACGUAGGAUAUAGGAUUGUAUAGCACUUUAUUCUCAUUGCACAAGUACAACCAAAUUCCAUUUUCAGCACAGACCCAAUCAAAGGCAGACAUACACUGAACAGGAACGCUGAUGGGUCGCCACUAGGGCGGCGCCCUGUAAAAAAAAAAAGUCGAUCCCCAGAGUAGGUCCUUUUUUUUUUUUUAAGGAAGGGUUGAAGUGAUCUCGCUGGAGCGAAACCUGCCACACUUAUAGAAAAACUACAGAUGUGGGUCACAUGAUAAAUCUUAAGUGGUUUGGUUAAAAAAAAAGGGAAAAAAACGAUAAUAUCCUUUGGCGUAGUUGGCUUGGCAUUGGGACCACCGAAUAUGUGCCGUUUUCUCAAAAUAAACAUACAUUUCUGUUUAUAUCUGAUCAAACACAUAUUUAACGACUCAUGAUGUGUAAUAGCCUGUCUCAGGCAAUAUUUUUCUUUGACUACGUCUAGGGAUGGGUACCCAAUUCCAUCAGUUCUACGGGGUAUCGAUUCACGUGAAAUCAAACAAUGCCAUAUUUAGACACCUUUGUUGCAUGUGACGUCACAUCCGGCUGCAGACUUAAAAGCACUUGGCCGGUAAACAAGUAGUCAAACACUAAGAAGUAAUGAUACAAUUUUUCAUUCCAACAAAGCAAGAAGAAGUCAUUAAAAAAGUACAAUAAGGCUCUACUUUUGGUAAUACUCGAUGCUAAUUUACAUGGGAUUUGCCAUAGACAUGCUACUGAUUAGCGUUAGUGAGUUUAUGUGGCAAUUUAAACAACUCCAAAUUUGGAAAACUACACCUAAAAUGCUUCUGUCAUUCAAACAGCUGGUGUGCUAUAAGUACAAUAAAUACAGUAUAAACAUUUUUUAGAGCCCAACAAAAGACUAGUAUCAGCUGAAUGGCCAGGACUACUUCCUGGCUAAGAAAAACACAGUAGUCUUCACACUACUGCCAUCUACCAUCUGGGAAUUGCAAAUGCAUGCAAAGUCUACUAUAUGAUACAGUGGUGCCUCAACUUAAGAGUGUUUUGAGAUAAGAGCUUCAUGUGAUUGGCAAAGCAAUUGGAGCCUUGGGGCCAUACUGAAGCAGAAUGAGUUUAACACCAGCCAAGAAUGUUAAAAUGAUAUCCAAACGACAAACAUUAAUUCAUGAUAGCAUGGAAAAGCUGCUGAUGGUGUGUUUGACAGAAGAGCAUCUGGAGUGAGAUUCCGUAGUGUAGUUGUUUUUAGUACAUUCUAUUUUAUUGUUUUUUAUACAAUAUUUCUCGUCUGAAAGUUAGUUUUUCUCCUUUAAAGGCAUGUUACAUGUUAAAAUGUUGCUGUUUUUGAGGCGGCAGGCACCAAGUAAAUUGAUUUCAAUUAAUUUCAGUGAUUUGACUUAAGAGUGCCAUCACAGAACCAAAAGGUACUACUGUACUUGCAAAUGAGACUCAAAAGUAUCAGAAAACAAAACAUAAGUUUUAUUAUUAAACAAUGUUCUACUUUUUAAAAUGCGCUAGCUCGAUGCUAAUUUACAUUGGAUUUGCCAUAGACAUGCUACUGAUUAGCGUUAGCGAUUUUACAUGUUUGAAUUAAACGUCGACCUACCAAUUGAACAUUUAUGAACACAUGAACACACAAGUACAAAAAAUGGGUUCUAUCAUUUCCAAGAUACCGGGAAUCGGUACCGUAUCGGUCAAAUGUGAAAGGGCACCCAUCCCUAAAUAUUCGUCAUUUCUAAAUGCUUUUAUUCGUGUCGUUUGUUCUGUGUUUUUAGCGUCCAUAUCUGAGCUCAAGUGAACCGCGCCAGGGUUCUCAUGAUGGCACCAAAAGUUGCUUUUAACCGAACCAGCCUAAACGCGCGUCAGUGCUGCCGCAACCCCCGGAAGGCGGCCCUUGACUGCA